UGUUCGGACUCGUACAGGAAAAGUUUGUCCUGUCUUGUUCUUUGACCAAACAAAAAAAAAUGCCUUCGUUCUUUAUUUUCCAGCUGCAAAUUAAAACCUCAAGAAUCUUAUUAUAAACCAAAAUUGGGUAUUGAACAACCCAAGAGGUUUGGUCUAGCGGAAACUUGGUUAGGCCUGCAAGUUGGGUGAAUGGAACCUGGAUACUUAAAGAUAUGCAGCGUUCGAUCAUCCGCUUGUGAAAAACAUCUCCUGGGAAGAGGUUUAUCCAAAUCAGGUUCCGACUUGAAAUUGUAGCACUUGCCAUCAUUUUAUUCCAAAAAAAAAAAAAAAAAACCGGGUAUUGGACACCAUUCCCUUGAGACAGUAAGAAUAAAGAAUAAGCGAAGCAUCCAUAUUUUACUAUUCCAAAUUCAACGUGAUCGUGAGCCAUGCUGGGUUAAAACCCAGUUUGAGGAUCAUCGAGCCAUUCGUGGCAUCCAAUCAUGGCUACGGCUACUACUGCUCCAAGGUAUUGGUGGAACUGGAGGUUCUUGACCGGUGCAAUAUUUAUAUUGUCUAGUAUAGUUAUUGCUGCAGUUCUUAUAAGGAAAUAUGAAGGCUGCAAAAAAUCCAGGAGGGAAAGAAGAGAAAAUCAGCGUGAAACAGUAGGAUCUUUAUAUGAGGAUGAAGCCUGGAGGACAUCUUUCAAAGUAAUUCAUCCCGCUUGGCUUCUUGCGUACAGAAUAGCUGCUUUCGUUGUGCUUCUGGCCUUGAUAAUUACCAAUUUCAUUCUUGAUGGAGCUGUCAUAGUUUUCUUCUAUACUCAGUGGACAUUUUGUUUGGUCACAAUCUAUUUUGCGAUUGGAAUUUCACUCUCCAUUUAUGGAUGCUACAAAUACCGCAAUAGAGUUGGCGAGGAUGCAGCUGAUUAUGUGAGAGAUGAAGAGGAAGGUACAUAUAUUGCUCCAACACUCAGCGAAAAUGAAGAUACAUUCAACACGUCUAAAAGUUUUACUGAUGAAGAAUGUCCCUCCCGCAAAGCCGCAGGAGUAUAUGUUUAUAUCUUUCAAGUCAUUUAUCAGAUGUGUGGGGGUGCAGUGGUGCUCACUGAUGUUGUAUUUUGGUCCCUUCUGUAUCCAAAUCUAGAUAGCGAAUAUGACGAACUGGACUUUAUUAUGGCCAGUAUGCACUCAUUCAAUCUUGGUCUCCUCCUUGGUGAUACAAUUUUGAAUGGCAUGCGGUUUCCAAUGUUUCGAAUCUCAUAUUUUGUGCUAUGGACGGGAUUAUUCGUGAUUUUCCAGUGGAUAAUCCACGGUUGUAUAGACAUGUGGUGGCCUUAUCCAUUUCUCGACUUGUCAUCCAAUUAUGCACCCUUAUGGUAUCUUGGGGUCGGAGUGGCACAUAUCCCAUGCUACGGCGCCUAUGCUUUAAUUAUUAGGAUGAAGCAGUUUUGGUUCUCAAGAUCAUUCCCCAAGUCUUUUCAGGGUGAGAGAUGACACACUGCCUUCAUCGAAUCACAAGACUUCAUACUGUGCCACCAACCCGACACAACCAGUAGAUAUUAAGGAACCAUUAGGGAUAUCAUUUUCGGGCCUAGGCAUAGGAGAACGAUGAACUGUACAUGACCAUUCUUUGGAGGAGGAGGCUAUAGCAUCCCCAGUUACAGAUCAGUAUUCUUCGAAACAGGGUCAUCCAUGUAUUUUUUUGAAACAAACUUAUAAUGAAGCUAACUUCAGGCUCAA